AUGCCCCGAAAACACCGACCCCCGCGCACCCGAGAACCAAAGGCCUGUCGGGCCUGUGCACAUGCAAAGGUCCGAUGUGAGGGCACGGCGCAGGAGGGGAGCGCGUGUAAGCGAUGUCUUCGCUUAAACAAAGACUGCGCGAUGCAGCUGCCUGGGGUGCAUAAACAGGUGGGUCCACGGCCGUCAGAUGUCGCACGGCUAGAGGAGAAACUAAACGACAUGGCGGCUGUGGUUACAGCCUCACCUAGGCCGCUGUUGAACGCAAGCGCAGAUGGUCUAGGAGGCAGUGCAACUUCUAUAAUCAGACAAGGUAUCUUCGCCGAUACCAGUAACGAAGAAGCUCAAAGGAUGCUCCACAACUUCCAAACAGAAAUGGUUCCUUACUUCCCGUUUGUGGCUGUGUCGUCGGAUGCAACAGCCUCAGAACUACGACGAAGCAAACCCUUUCUUUUCUGUACGAUGGCUAUGGUGUCAUGUCUUGAUGAUACACAACGGCAGCUGGACAUGGCGCAUGGUGUCCGACAGUAUAUCGGAUCUGCUAUCGUGACUCUGGGAGAGAAAGGUUUAGACCUCCUACAAGGACUCCUGGUCUGUUUAGGGUGGUAUCAUUUUCAGCUUGAGCUGGGAUCUCAAAUACGCAAUGUUCUCCACUUGUCUUUGGCGAUGUUGAGUGAUCUAGGCCUAAAUCGCAGGCCGAGCUCGGUGAAGACGAUUCUACCGUUGGAAAGCUUUCCAGCGGACUACGAGAGGCAGACUAUGCAUCGCACGCUGGAUGAACGGCGGGCGUACCUUGGGUGUUUUUAUAUGAGUGCCAUAGUUUCAAUAUGUUACGGCGACAUCGAUCCUAUGAAAUACAUGGAUUAUACUGAGGAAUGCUGCCAUGCAAUUGAACAGGCGGCGGAACAUCCAAAUGAUCUCUAUUUGGUUCGUAUGGUGCGGCUACAUCGUCUCUCGGACAUUAUCAGACGUAUACAUUGUAGCCAGAACGACCCCCCAGGGUUUCCCUCGACCCCUAUACCAACGCUCAUCAAGGCUGUCGAGGCAGAAUUGCCACAUUUCAAACCAUGUCCGCCCAAUACCCUACAUGACUCUAUUCUUCUUCUGCAAUACCACAAUCUCGAAAUCAGCCUAUAUGAGAUCGCUCUGGAAGACGACUUUUUGACCAAAGUUGCAAGUAACUCAGAGCAUGCCAACGUCCUCUUAUCAUGUUUAGCCACGACGAGGACAUUCUUCGAUGUAUUUUCGUCCAUCCCACCUCGACAAUACCCAAACCUUCCAUACCCGGCGUACGCGGCAUACUCCCAUGCGCUCGGAACCUUUUCCUCCAAGCUCCUUCUCUUUACUGGCGAAGGCUGGGGCUCGGAAUAUGCGCGCAAUAUUACAAACCUUUCCGCGGAAAUUGACACAGUAAUCGCCGGGAUAGAGAAGGAGGCGAUGGCCCAACACGAUGGACAGCCAGAAUAUCGCUUUCCGGAUGCUCUCACCAAAACGAUACCACGUCUUCGUGCAUUCCGAGAACACCACAGGACAAGAUGGAGCGCGUUGAGAAACAACUCUUCUGAACCAUCACUUGGUAAAGUCCCAACUGCAGCAUCUGAGGAUGCCAUCCAUGAUAUGAUGUUCCCACUUCCCCAUGACCUUUCGUGGCGAUUCCUUCGGCCAUCAUGA